AUGAGUUUUGGUAUUAGCAUCGCCGACAUCAUCAAGCUCUGCGAUUUAGCAGGGAAAGUGUACAAGAACUGCCGCGACUGUCCGGGCGACUACAAGACGCUGAGUAGCGAAGCGCGCAGUCUGACCAACCUGCUCGAAGACAUCCACGACAAGUACGCCAAGAUACCGCGGGCAAAGCAGCAGCAGCUGGUAGAUGCGUGUGCGCCGUGCGUGGAGCUGCUGCAGGAACUCGAUGCGCUGUUGCGGCAUUACAACGGGCUGGAUACAAAGAGCAAGCGGGUGUGGGACCGCGUUAAACAUGAUCCGCAGCGGUUGCGCCAGCUGCGCGAGCGCCUGGUUGCGAGCGUAGCGCUGCUGAAUGCGUUUUACACGUCGUUGAUGCAUGAUGGCCAGGUUCGCAUUCUCGAGGCGCUGGAGCGACUGGAGAGGGAUUAUAGAGGCGGGCAUAGGGAAGAGAGCAUUGCGUCGAUUGGACGGCUUACUUCGGUUACUGUACUGGAAGAUGAUGGUGACGACGACGAGACGGACGAUGAGGCGUGGCGCCAGAUUCUCCGUGACUUGGAAGAUGUAGGCGUCACGCAGCAGCAGGCGCUCUGCUACCGCCAUGUCAUUGUAGAUUGGCUCGUUGCAGCCGUGAAUGAAGGGAGGCUCCUCGAGGAACGACCCCAGCACGAUGCUUUCUCCUCGGCCUCGCAGGAUCUCGGGGUUGUCCUUGCGGAAUCCGAGGUUAGACAGCCGUCGAAUUAUCUGGAAGUACCCAGGAUUGUUUCGCCAGCCCCGUCUCAAACACAGCUGUCGAUACGCAGUUUGCCGACCUCGCGGGCCCAGUCCUUGAAGUCUGUGUCUGUUACGUCACUGCGUGCGGAUUCAGAUGCUGCUUCGUUGUAUGCUGAGCCGCAGCGUUCUCUGGUGACCAGCCAUUCUGUUAGUUCACAUGGCGAUGCUAUUCCGAGCGUACCGGUUCCUCGUACCCACAGUGUGGUGCAAACUGUGGCUGGGAAAGACACUACACUGAUUACGUCGCCAGCUGCUCCUGUUGAACCGGACAUGGACGCACCUCCGUCGUAUUUCGAGCAAGAAGAUUCAAUCACGAUAGAUCUAAACUGGACGGCCCAGCAAGCAGUAGCAGCAUGGGCUCGGCAUGAUUUCACCGCAGCGGCAAGACUCCUCGAGGACCAGUUAGCGGCUGUUGAGCGUGGCCAGCGAUGCACCUCAGGGACACAGCCCGACCGCCGGAUCCUCAAGCACCUCCUCGGCGUGUGCGCGUCACUUACGGGGGACUUCGCAAAAGCGAAGAGUCUCUUCGAGAAAGUCUUCAACGGCGUCUUUCUCAACCAGCAGAACCUCGACGAGGGCGACAUUGCGGCCGCGCGAUGGCUCGGCGACGUGUGCCUGCACAACCAAGAACACGCCAACGCCAUUCUAGCCUACAGCGCGGCGUACGAAGGAUCGCGUGCUCGCUUUGGCGUCAUGAGCGACCGCACCCGCCGUGUUGCACUCGAGAUCAAGCUACUGGACCACUGGCUCUCGGUCUUCCAGCGCAUCGAAGGCACCCUCGGCCACAACGUCGAUCCGACGACCAUCUUCCCCUCGGCCAACGUCAUCGCAAAACACAAACUCCUCGACAACGUGCGCAAGGCCAUCUACACUGACCCCGAAUAUGCGGAUUCCACUCCGCCCUCGAUCCCGCCGUGGGUGCGGCCCAGCUUCGAGAUCGCGCCGCGCCCCCGCUACGACUUUAAGCUGUCAGAAGGCUUUCUGCUCAGCCCCCUCAUCUCCCUGAGUACAUGGCCGAUACCGUGGGAUCCGCUGUUUAGCCCCAUGGACGCCGUCCAGCUGGAUCGCUACAUGAGCAGCUCGCGCGUGGGGAGCACGCAAACCACACUCGGCAAUGUAUGGCCACUGUGCGACCGCCCGCUACCGACCAACUCGCUCGGCGAAUCCAAGAAACUGCACUUUCUGACUCGGAGAGGCAGAAAGUGGCUGAUCGGUGCCGUGGAAAGGGGACUUGCUGAUGUGGGAAUCGAGCAUGCGGCACAUUGCUUCGAGCCGGCCAUUGUGUGUCGCCUCAAGCAGCAGCAGCAAGGCGUUGUGUUCGCUGAGGGCGUCGAGAUACGUUUCAGCAAGCUGCCAUUUCGAGACGUGUAUGGAAUCAAAGUCUCGGGCGUGAGGUGGGCUACUCGAAGGGUGCGCUCGUUGGCGGCGGCGGCGACCAAGACGACAACGCGAGACGGAGCACGGCAUGCACAGGACACAUCAAGUUUUCGCGAAAUUGUAAAAGGCAUCCUGGAGAGGGCGGAGGCGGAGGCAGGCCGCAAAUGAUGAUGGGAUACUCGUUUUUUUUUCUUUUUUCUCGGUUCUCCUUUGGAUGCAGAAUACCCUGUUAUUGGCAUCUGGGUACUGUAGGUAGAGGCCUUUUUCUGCUUCUCCUACACGAGACACAGCAAUUUGCCCAAGAUGCUUCUUUUUCUUUUCGCAAUCUCACCACGACACGGUUUCGGAACUGUAUCCAUGGCGCGCAGUCUAGGCCUUUUUUUGCCCACAGCCAGGAAGGGGCCUGUGGAUUCGCAAGAGCAACAAUACGAUUCUUAUUGUUGCCAGCAUUUACCUACCUGCACACAUACAUUGCGGCACGGCGCGGGGGAGACCGGAAGGCUGGGUAUUCGGAAC